AUGACGUAUUCGCAAGGAAAUCAGCACAAAGCAAAACCGGAUUUCAAUCCAACCUCAGCGAGGAUGUGCGUUCGGCGGUGGGAGGGGGAGGGGCGCAGUCGGUGUGGAGGAACCGUGGGAGAACCGGUCCGAGAUCCGCGCAAUCCGAUCAUCCAAACCAACGGGAGGGGGAGAUCUCCACAUACCCUCCACAUACCCUCCACAUACCCUCCACAUACCCUCCACAUACCCUCCACAUACCCUCCACAUACCCUCCACAUACCCUCCACAUACCCCGAUAUACCCUCCACAUACCCGCUACAUACCCGCUGCAUACCCCGACAUACCCGCUACAUACCCGCUACAUACCCCGAUAUACCCUCCACAUGCCCCGACAUACCCUCCACAUACCCCGACAUACCCUCCACAUACCCUCCACAUACCCCGAUAUACCCUCCACAUACCCGCUACAUACCCGCUACAUACCCCGAUAUACCCGCUACAUACCCCGAUAUACCCGCUACAUACCCCGAUAUACCCGCUACAUACCCCGAUAUACCCGCUACAUACCCCGAUAUACCCGCUACAUACCCCGAUAUACCCGCUACAUACCCCGAUAUACCCGCUACAUACCCCGAUAUACCCGCUACAUACCCCGAUAUACCCGCUACAUACCCCGAUAUACCCGCUACAUACCCCGAUAUACCCGCUACAUACCCCGAUAUACCCGCUACAUACCCCGAUAUACCCGCUACAUACCCCGAUAUACCCGCUACAUACCCCGAUAUACCCGCUACAUACCCCGAUAUACCCGCUACAUACCCCGAUAUACCCGCUACAUACCCCGAUAUACCCGCUACAUACCCCGAUAUACCCGCUACAUACCCCGAUAUACCCGCUACAUACCCCGAUAUACCCGCUACAUACCCCGAUAUACCCGCUACAUACCCCGAUAUACCCGCUACAUACCCCGAUAUACCCGCUACAUACCCCGAUAUACCCGCUACAUACCCCGAUAUACCCGCUACAUACCCCGAUAUACCCGCUACAUACCCCGAUAUACCCUCCACAUACCCGCUACAUACCCGCUACAUACCCCGAUAUACCCGCUACAUACCCCGAUAUACCCUCCACAUGCCCGCUACAUACCCCGACAUACCCGCUACAUACCCCGACAUACCCGCUACAUACCCCGACAUACCCGCUACAUACCCCGACAUACCCGCUACAUACCCCGACAUACCCGCUACAUACCCCGACAUACCCGCUACAUACCCCGACAUACCCGCUACAUACCCCGACAUACCCGCUACAUACCCCGACAUACCCGCUACAUACCCCGACAUACCCGCUACAUACCCCGACAUACCCGCUACAUACCCCGACAUACCCGCUACAUACCCCGACAUACCCGCUACAUACCCCGACAUACCCGCUACAUACCCCGACAUACCCGCUACAUACCCCGACAUACCCGCUACAUACCCCGACAUACCCGCUACAUACCCCGACAUACCCGCUACAUACCCCGACAUACCCGCUACAUACCCCGACAUACCCGCUACAUACCCCGACAUACCCGCUACAUACCCCGACAUACCCGCUACAUACCCCGACAUACCCUCCACAUACCCCGACAUACCCGCUACAUACCCCGACAUACCCUCCACAUACCCCGACAUACCCUCCACAUACCCCGACAUACCCUCCACAUACCCCGACAUACCCUCCACAUACCCCGACAUACCCUCCACAUACCCCGACAUACCCUCCACAUACCCCGACAUACCCUCCACAUACCCCGACAUACCCUCCACAUACCCCGACAUACCCGCUACAUACCCCGAUAUACCCUCCACAUGCCCGCUACAUACCCCGACAUACCCUCUGCAUACCCCGACAUACCCGCUACACCCCGAUAUACCCUCCACAUACCCCGGCAUACCCGCUACAUACCCCGAUAUACCCUCCACAUACCCCGACAUACCCGCUACAUACCCCGACAUACCCUCCACAUACCCCGACAUACCCUCCACAUACCCCGACAUACCCGCUACAUACCCCGACAUACCCGCUACAUACCCCGAUAUACCCGGUGUGUUUCUAGUUUGA